GAAGUCCUCACUUCCUAUUGGCGGAUUGGCGGCGCUUCCAGAGCCAGGAGCAGGCUAUGUGCAGCUGUUUAGAUCCGGUAACGUCCUGACUUCACUUUUGCUGUGAUUAUUCGCCCGGUAUCAAAAGCCUCUUCCCACCGAAGCGGGGACGCUCCACAAUAAGCAGCAACCAUGAUGAUCGAGGUUGUCUGCAACGACCGGCUGGGGAAGAAGGUCCGAGUAAAAUGCAACUCGGAUGACACCAUUAAAGAUCUAAAGAAACUCAUUGCAGCACAAACUGGGACUCGGUGGGAUAAGAUUGUACUUAAGAAAUGGUACACGAUAUUCAAAGACCAUGUGACAUUAUGUGACUAUGAGAUUCAUGAUGGAAUGAACCUGGAGUUGUACUACCAGUAACUUGCUGAUGUCUCGGCCCACAUCCCCCAGUUUGUCAGGCAUCUCUUCCCUGAGCAGUCCCUUGAGACCUUCCGUUGGAGUUGGAAUCUCAGUCCCUGGAGAGUUGGAAUCUUACUAUUAGGCCGCCCCAAAAAUGUUUUGUUGUCAGAACACAUUAUCAUGUAUUUAUCUUGCAUACAGGCUGGACUUACCCUUAUGUGAAGGGAACUGGCUCAUCUUUCGGUUGGAAAAAGAUAGUUAACAAACUUUAAAUUUUUUUUUUCUGUAAUAAAAUGUCAAAUCAA